AUGCUUUUUGCAAACCUGGAAAGUCGAAAGAUUACAAUAAUUGUUGGACCAAAGGGACUCUCUUCAGGCAUAAAUAGCAAGGCUCCUACUGUCUUCUCUUGCAGACCAACUCAGCUGCCAGCAAAAGCAGGUGCUCUCCCCCUGCCAGAGCUUCAGAGGAAACAUUUAGAAAUGGAAAACCUGAUGUUUGUCUACUACUCCUGUAAAGUUAUCUGGACAUUACUUGCAACAAUAUUAGGUUAUGCCAGCAGCUUGCCUGUGGGUGAUGAUUCUAUUUGCACAGCAGAGGAACUUGCUAAGUACAGUAUAAUCUUCACAGGGAAAUGGAGUCAGACUGCUUUCCCUAAGCAGUAUCCACUCUACAGGCCCCCAGCACAGUGGUCCUCAAUGUUAGGUGUUACUCAUAGUUCUGACUACAGCAUGUGGAAAAAAAAUGAAUAUGCCAGCAAUGGUGUACGUGAUUUUGCUGAAAAGGGUGAAGCAUGGGGAUUAAUGAAAGAAAUAGAAGAAGCUGGAGAGAAAAUUCAGAGUGUGCAUGGAAUCUUCUCUGCUCCUGCCAUUUCCAGUGGUACAGGACAAACCUCCACUGAAUUAGAAGUGCAUCCAAGACAUCCCUUAGUUUCAUUUGUUGUACGAAUUGUUCCAAGCCCUGACUGGUUUGUGGGCAUUGACAGUCUGAACCUCUGUGAAGGAGAACAUUGGCUGGAAGAGGUAUCAGUAGAUCUAUAUCCAUAUGAUGCUGGAACUGACAGUGGUUUCACAUUUUCCUCCCCAAACUUUGCCACUAUUCCACAGGACACAGUUACAGAGAUCACUUGUUCCUCUCCAAGUCACCCAGCAAACUCGUUUUAUUAUCCCAAACUCAAGAAUUUGCCACCUAUUGCUCAAGUAACAAUAAUGAAAUUGAAGAAACACUAUCAGCUGGGGCUUUCUGCACCUUUUAUUAAUCCUCCAGCUAAAACCAACGAAAUAAUAGACACUGUCUCAGAAACACCACUGGACUGUGAGGUUUCACAAUGGUCUUCCUGGGGUCUCUGUAGAGGUCUUUGCAGAAAAACAGGGACCAAGAUCAGAACUCGUUUUGUGCUUCUUCACCCUGCCAAUAACGGGAUGCCUUGUCCAAAUCUGGAUGAAGAAACAGGAUGUGAACCAGAGAAUUGUGUCUGAAAUAAAGAAAAAGAUAAUAAUUUAGAUAAUUUAAAAGUAGAGAAGUAGUUUUAUAAUUUGGGUAUGCUGCACUGUUUUGCUGAAAAGGUAUAUUAGACUGGUUUUGAAAGUUGUAUUUUAAUACCAGGUUUUUGGGGGUUAAAUUCCUUAGGUUUAGGUUGACAACAAUACAGACCAAAAACCCCCAAAGAAAUCCUUGCUCUAAAUAUACUCGAAGUUCUCAGAGUACCCUCUAGUGGCAGAAAAGAAGAUAUUUUGAAAGGCACGUAAAAACCUUCCAGUCACAAAAUCUUAAAGUAAUAACUCUUCAAUACUGUAAUUUGUUGAUCUACAGCUAUUUAUACCUGAAAUGAUUUUUUCUCUAAAUUAUGUUUUAUAAUUUAUUGGCAUUUUUGUUGUCUUUCUAAACGUGCUUAAUAUGCAUUUCUUGAAAAACUACUUCCAUAAGUCAGAGUGACCAGAUGUUUGCAGUGUGAUUUAAGACAAUAGCACAACUGAGUAAACUUGUAGUGAGAUGUAUGAAUACAUGUACAUAUCUUUUUUGUUUUAUUUUGGUUUUUUGGUUUUUUUUUUCCUCAAAAGUGAGAAGAGUAUCUGUCAUGAGAGUUAAAAACUGAUUGAUUGCUGGGGUGUGUUCUUCAUGAGUUAACUCUGUCCUCAAUAACAUAAAUUAUAACAUAUAAAAAUAACAUAAAAACAUAAAA